AGAUGGAUGGAGGGACCUUUUGAAUACGUUGAAUACAACUUCAGGGUUGUUCUCAAAAUUAUAUGGAAGUCCUGCUUGCACACUUUUGUAAUCAAUAGACAAAUGAUCAGUGACUUGUGGACAGUUGGUUGCUAAAUCCUUCCUGUGUGCCUGCAAAGAUGUUUUACUUGAUGGCGGCCAUUUUCCAGUUGCCUAAAGUUACAGCAGGUGUUCUGUAGAGCCCAUUGAUCUGUGUGAGAAUUUCCAAGUCAAUCCCACUGAUGGGGUCAAACUUUUGGGUUUAAUAACAGUGUCACUGUGUGGUGUACUUGUCAGAAUAAUAAUAAAUAGUUUUGAGAAAUGUGCACAAAUACUUCACUUUUGUAAGUGCUUUGGCCUUGGACUUAUUUUUUGUGUUUUACCAGCAUAACAUUUUGAGAAAUCUACUUAUCUACAUUCUACCAAGUGCAUCUUUUAAAAAAUAUGGCAUAUAGGAAGUAUGACCAUAUAGGAAAAAAUGCAUCUCAGCUGCAUUUUCCGUCUCCUCGAUUCGGAGACCUCAGUUGUGCUAAAACCUCUUGUUGAUUAGAUAGUAUUGCCGCUUGCUUAUAUACCAUGAAUGAUACUUCUAAGUUUCUGUUUAAAUCAACAAUAAUAUAGACAGUCGCUUGUAUUGAGAUAACGGGAGCGGUCAUGUGAAGAUCCCAUGCGAAUGCACGUCUCAUCCAGGAGACCGAGUGGCCCAAGUUGCCUCAACCUAAUUGUCUUUCUCUCCUCGUACUGUCCUUAAACGACUUUCUCAGUCUGUCUCAACGACCCCCUCCCCACCCCCCAGCCCCACGUCCCCACACCACCUCCUCCUCCCCUCUUGAUUCUCUCCAGCUCUGCCCACUUUCUGUCUCAGUCUGUAACUGUAGCCUGUGUUUUUCUCUCCCUCCCACUCUCUGCGACGUAUAGAUACUGCAUUGAUCGGACACACAGUCACACGCACGCACACACACACACACACACACACACAAGUAAACCUCCCACUCCUUUCAUCAUUGAUUCACACUGGUCUCUCUAUCACACAUACUCUCUCUCUCUCUCUGCACUGGCACUUGUUGAAUCCGACCCUCACAGGAGGAGGACGGGGGAGAUGGGAGAGGAACAGAGAGAUAAUGACAGGCAGGCAGAGGGAGUCUUUGAGGCAGCGCUACAACUGACAGCGAGCGGACAGAAUGGAGCUUCCGAGGAUACGGAAGACACGGAAAAGUCAGUCACACAGCAGAGAGAAUGCUGUCUUUUUUUAUUGAGAAUAUAAGGAACGUCGCCGCGCAUCAAACUCCACUUCAGGGUCCUCGCCACCGGUUUGUCUGCAGCCUGUAGAUUGACUACGAAGACUGUCUGAGCACGUUUUUCUGCAUUAGUGCACGAGAGAGCACGAAAAAAAGAGGGAGGGAGGGAGAGACUGUUAUGUGCUGCUUUCCCCAGACUCCUUUCCCUGGCGCUUUCUGCAGUCAAUAGCAGAAGUCUCCUGGUCCAAUAUGUCGCAGUUGCUCCAUGUGGAGAUCCCAAACUUUGGAGCCACGGUCCUGGGCUCCCUUAACGAGCAGCGCUUGUUGGGACACUACUGUGAUGUCUCCAUUCUGGUCAAAGGCCAGGCUUUUAAAGCCCACCGGGCCGUCCUGGCCGCCAGCAGCCUCUACUUCCGCGACCUCUUCAGCACCUCCACCAAGACCCAGUUCGAGCUGCCCUCCUCGGUCACACCGGCCUGCUUCGAGCAGAUCCUGUCUUUCUGCUACACGGGGAAGCUAACCAUGGCGGCAAGCGAACAGCUGGUGGUCAUGUACACUGCGGGCUACCUUCAAAUCCAGCACAUAGUGGAAAGAGGCAUGGACCUGAUGUUCAAGGCCAACUCACCCCACUGUGACUCGCAGACAGCGGGUUCAUUGGAAGAGACUGGGUCUGAGCCACAGAGUCCUUGCAAUAAUGGCAGCGGCUUGGCGGUGGCCGCCCUUUUGGCCAACACCGGCUGGUCUCCGUCUCUAGUCCUGCCACCGCGGAAGAUUAAACUAGAGGGGGGUGAGCCCACGCCGCUCACACUACCAUCAACGCAGAGCAAAAUCUCGUCCUCAGAGCUGGGGAGUCGGUUGGCGAGGGCCAGUUCGUUGUUCUACACGACGGCGGGAGGUACCACCAUCCCUGGCGUACCCCCUUACCACCUACUGGGAGCUGGGGGCGUCGGAGCAGUAGGAGGGGCGGGAGGUGAAAGAUCAAGUCCUGGUGAAUCCAGUCUGCCCACGACUGACAGUCCAACGUCGUACCAGAACGAAGAUGAAGAGUUUGAGGAGGAGCCCUAUGACGGGAUCGCAGAGGACGGCUACAGUCACAUCUAUGGGCGUUCAGCGAACCCCUUUGGGAUCCCGGAAAAGCCCGACAUGGCAGGAGUGCCCCUGGCCUUGGAGAACCGCAACUGCGUGCUGAUUCGUCGGGACCUGGUGGCGCUGCCCGCGAGCCUGAUCAGCCAGAUAGGCUAUCGCUGCCACCCUAAGCUCUACACGGAGGGCGACCCCGGAGAGAAGCUGGAACUAGUUGCUGGUACACAGGUGUUCAUGACUCGAGGCCAACUCAUGAACUGUCAUCUCUGCGCUGGAAUCAAACACAAAGUCUUGUUGCGUCGUCUCUUAGCGACAUUCUUUGAUAGAAACACUUUAGCCAACAGCUGUGGGACUGGUAUCCGCUCCUCGACCAGUGACCCCAGUAGGAAACCCCUGGACAGCAGGGUCCUCAACGCUGUCAAACUCUACUGUCAGAAUUUCAACCCUAACUUCAAGGAGAGUGAAAUGAAUGUGAUUGCUGCUGACAUGUGCACAAACGCACGGCGUGUCCGCAAGAGGUGGCUGCCCAAGAUCAAGUCCAUGCUGCCCGACGGCAUGGAGGUGUACCGCGCCGGCAUGGCCAUGGGCGGCGCCCCCGUAGGGCUGGGGCUGGGCCUCGGCACCAACCCUCAACAAGGGGUUCCCCUCCCCUUUGAGGCCGACUUCAAGACCUUUGAGCAGAGGCUGUAUCCCGACCGCAAGGACCCUCUGAGGACUCAUCCACCGCUAGCCACCGGCAGCCCGGGCUCGGCGGCGACCGGAGCGGAGGUGGAAGCCGCGGGGGGAGGAGUCCAGGAAGAGCAGGAGGAAGACGAGGAUGAAGCCGGCUUAGAGGCCGGCGACGGAUCACUGGGCACGCCCGCUUUGAUCCCCGGUGCCGAGGCGGGCGUUUGUGGCGACGCGUCGUCCGAGCAGGAAGGUUUUGAACAAGGCCUGAGGGUGAACGGACAGUGAAUGUCGCCGCUCACAUCGUGAAGUUCGCUUUUAACCUUUUUGCUUGUCGCAAUUCCUCCUCCUCUGUGCUUCCUCAAGAGAAAAAUAUCCAGUGCAAAAAGCUUGUGAUCUGAUGCCACAGGAAUUUGUCACACGUGUACACACACACACACACAGAGGUGUUUGUACACUUGGUGAUUGUUGACGUAGAAAGCGCUCCAAGCAGACACAGGCAUGGCAUCGAGACAUUCGCUCUACGGUCUCACUAUUGAUGGAUUUCUCAGAAUCUCACCUCAAUCUGCGUCGAUUUAAAAUACUCCUCCUUGGGCACAAAAGCAACUUUCUCCUGUGUGGUUGUCAUGUCAAAAUAUGUCCCCUAUUUUUUUGGAAUAUGCGGAAUCAAUGUCUACUAUACAGUAUUACGCUGAGCUCUACAAUAGUACACAUUGGAAUCUAGCAGCGAACCAAUGUUUGCUAAUGAAGAACGCAUCUAACUGCUUAAUGCAUCCGACGGGGGGAUAUAUUGGCGUCAUAGUGGGCCAAAUGACAUUUUUUACCCCCAUAGAAUUCACUCAACAAACCAAAAAGUGCAUAUACUACAAAGGCGUUGCAGAGCCAUACUGUAAAUACAAAAAAAUUAAUUGUACUACAAAAAUAAAGUCGUAACAUGACAAGAAUGAAAUAGUAAUAUCACGAGAAGUACUCCUUGGUCACAAUCGUAUGGGAAUAGUGUUUUUUUUUUUUCUCAAGAAAAAGGUCACAAUUUUACAAAAAUAAAGUUGUAAUCCUAAAAUCUAAUUUUUUCGAAGGAAUAAAAAUCAGAGUUGUAAUCAUAGACCACUUAAGAUGUUUUUCGUUUUUUAAAAGAAAUCUUGCAAUUUUAUGCGAAGAAAUAGUUCCACUCUUAAGAUAAUAAAUUCGCCAUUGAAAGUAGUGGUUAAACUUUUACAAACACUUAAAUAGUAAAGAUUUAUGUCAAUACAUUAUACAUUAAAGUCUGAAUGGCCCAAAAUUUGUAUUUCUUUAAUUAUGAUGAAGAUAUGACAUUUUUACCCCCAUAGGGUCAUUCAGAAGACAAGCAAAGUGCAUAUACAACGAAGAAGGUGUAGGGCCACACCCUAAAUACCAAAAAAUAAUUGUAAAUCAAAAAUAAAGUCGUACCGUGAUGAAAAUAAAAUAGAAAUAUCACAAGAAAUACUUCUUCGACAAAAAACUUUUUCCGUUCUUUUUCUUUUGAGAAAAAGGUUGCCAUCUUACGAGAAUAAAGUUGUAAUCUUAGGAUAAUGUAAAUUUACGACUAUUUUCUCGUACAUUCAUGACUUUAUUCUCGUAAAUUUUUAUUUAAACUUAGGGGAAAAGAAGUUGUAAAUUUCCGAGAAAUUACGAGAAAACUUGUAAAUACGAGAAAAGUUGUAAAUUUACGACAAUAGUCGUAAAUUUUAGACUUGUUUAGUUUAGACUUGCGAGGAAAUAAGUUGUAAAUUUACGAGAAUAAAGUUGUACAUUUACGAGAAAAAAAAGUCGUAAACGUACUACUUUAUUCUUGUACAUUUACAACAUUUUUUCUCGUAAGUUUACAACUUUUUUGCUUGUAAGUUUGCGAUUUUAUUCUGGUGAAUGUACGACUUUUUUUCUCGUGACUAUCCUCGUAAAUUUACAACUUUAUUUAUUUUUUUUUAUGUGGCCCUAAUAUCCGUCGUACCAUGUUACAUGAAUAAAGCAGUUAAAAAAAAGUUGUACAAUUACGAUAAUAAAUUCACCAUUGAAAGUAGUAGUUAAACUUUGACAAACAAUGAGAAUUUUUUCUUCCAUACGUUAUAUUAAUGGAUGUUGCGUUUAGGCGUGAGUGGUGAUUUUGCCAUUUACUUUGGGAAAAAACAAAAGAAACCUGAAUAUUACGGCUUUAUUCUAGUAACUUGAACACUUUUAGCACCUGUUUAAAAAAUGUUGGUGUUGCUCUCAUACUCCUUUGUAAUAUACAUAUACAGUAUCAUAACAGGAGGAGGAUGCCCAGCGGGAUACGCUACAGUCGUGGAAAGUCAUGCGUUUCUACGUAUUUUUUAAUGCAUAUUUUCCCUUUCUGGUCUUUGUGCCAAAGUGAUGGCUGUGUCUGCUUGGGAUCGCCCUUUUCAACUAUACACACAAACACACACACAUGCAUACAUACAGUGUAGAUGCUAGCCAAUGCAUAAAAAAAAGAAUAUCCAUGCAAUGCAACAAUGCUUUUAAAGUACAAUAAUUGUGUCUUGAGGUAAAAAUCCUGAAAAACAACAUGCACUAAAUGUUACCUUGCAUGCAUGACUACAAAGGAUGGAGACCAAUGCAUCUAUAGAGUACUGCGAUUAAUACAUAAAGUGACUUGUUUAGGGUUAUUUUUAUUGAGUUUUCUUACUGGGAUCUUACCUCAGUGUGCGCCAUGUUCGAACUGUUCUGGGUGUGACCCAGAAUCGACUUUGUGUUUGACACAACAAACAGCGCGUACUGUCACUCCCCCGCCUAGACGAGCUGCAGUAAAGCAGCGGGAUGAGGCGCUCGACGUCGCAUUUUUCGAGAAUCCCUUCGGUUUUUGAUGUGGUUUACAUCAACAUGGUCCUUCUUCCAUCCUGUUAUUUGUUAUUGUUCCAGAGGGGAGGGUGGGUAAAUUAUUGAAUAGAAGCAUAUUACACAGCACAGCUGGCUUAUUGCAUUUGCACUCUAAAAGACAAAUGAAUCAUUUUAGAAAGAUGUGACUGAAUUUGAGACUGAAAGUGUCCUAUUUGUUGUCGUGAUUAUGUGUAAAUUUGGGUUUAUAAGCGGUCCUGUCGGUUGAGGAAGGAGGGCGAUGUUGAAUAUGGAUUUAAAACCUUUUGAUUUGUCGUGGUUGUGUGCUCACUCUAUUUUCAUUCUUUCUACUCACAGAUUUUCCUCUUUUUCUUAAAUGUGUUCCUCAUCCGUGUUAAAUGAUGGUUUUCUACAGUGAACACGACAAAAGACAAAAUGAUGCCCGACAUAGUUGAUUCGAAAAAUGUGCCAUUUCCAAGGUUCAACUUCAUUUUGGUUCUUUUAAUGCGAAGCUUUAAGAAGGUCCUGCACAAGGUGUACAGGGUUGUACUUGCACUAGGUCAUGUUUACAGUUUUUUGUUUAGUUUUUGUUUAGUUGCUUGGGCGGGAAGUGUAAUGCGUCCCUUAGAACGGGGCUAGAACAGAAUGGCUGCAUUCUUGGAUGAAUGUAAACCUUGGUGCUGCUUUGGCAAAGGGGUCAAAUCUUUUGGGUGGCAUUGAUUUCACUAAGUUUGUUUUAUUUCAUUGCAAAAUGUUCCUAAGAGGUCUUCCAAUAGGGGUUAACAUCAGCCUUUCCCCCCCGCAAUGAAUAUAAAUCUGAAUGAGCUGAAUUUGCCAGCAUUGGCACUCCUUUUUAAACCAUUCUGACAUUGAGAUGAUGUCGAAAUAAGCUGUAAUGUAUUUUACCAAAUAGUGGCCUCCUCUGUGGUAGCCGUAAUUAGACGCAUUAACAAAUGAACGCCUUUCCCUGAAUAAACAACAACAUAAUGCACAUUGCCGUGGUCAACCAUGCCGCAGGUGCAAAAUUGAAUACGAAUCAGGCAAAUUGGGGCAUCUCCCUAAAUACAGGGUUUAAAACGAAAUCAGAACGUUGAUAAAACAGACAAACAAAACACACAUCGGCAUGGUUUUAUGGAUGUGCAAGCUUAAGUAAAUUUAAGACUAACAAUUGAAGGCCUCUCCCUAAAUGAAGGGUCGAAAAGAAAAAUGUACAACAGAAUACACGCACGCAUUGGCAUGGUCUUACAGCUGUGCAGCAAAUGCAAAGAUCUAUAAACUUUAGACAAAUAAUGCAUAUCCCCAAAUAAAGGGUUAAAAGAUAAUCACUAAGCUUAUAAAACAGACAACAAAAAAUGUGCAUAGGCACGGUCUUAUGCCCAUACAGCAAAUGCAAAAUUGAAUAAAAUUCUGACUUAACAAUUGAAAGGCCGCUGACUAAAUGAAGGGUUGGGAAGAAAAAUGUACAACAAGCAGGAAGUUGUAAUUGUAAAAUGAACACACUCCCAGGCAUUAGCAUGGUCUUACAGCUGUGCAGCGAGCGCAGACAUCGAUGAACUUGAGACAACUCAUGCAUAUCUCCAAAUAGAGGGUUGAAGAGAAAUAACUUUUAUAAAACCAAGUUUAUAAAACAUAAGACAACAAAAAGAUGUCCAUAGGCAUGGUCUUAUGCCCGUACAGCAAGUGCAAAAUGGAAUAAAAUUCAGACAAAUUAGGGCCUCUCCCUAAAAGGUUUAAAGAGAAAUCACAGUGUUGAUAAAACACAUUGGUAUGGUCUUAUGGCUGCACAGCAAGUGCAAACUUACUAAAUUCACGGUCUAACUACAUGAACAUUUGACAAGAAAAACGCACAAGCAUAAUACAGAGGCAUGGUUUUACGUGCGGGAAGAUCAAAGACAAAUGAAGGCACUAAUGCAUUGGCAUGGUCUUACAGCUGUGCAGCAAGUGCAAACAUCUGUAAGCUUCAGACAAAUAAUGCAUAUUCCUAAAUAAAGGGUUGUAAGACAACAACAAAUGUCUUGCAUGGUCUUAUGCCCAUACAGCUAGUGCAAAAUUUAAUAAGGACAAAUUAGGGCCGCUCCCUAAAGGGUUUAAAAAGAAAUCAUGACGUUGAUAAAACAAAACGCACAUCGGAAUGGUCUUGGCCGUGCAGCAAGUGCAAACUUAAGUCAACUUAAAAAUGACAAAUGAACGCAGUCUCACGCAUUAAUCUAACUCAAGAUCUAUAAACUUCAGACAAAUAAUGCAUAUUGCCAAAUAAAGGUUUAAAAAAUGUGGCUAGGCAUGGUCUUAUGCCCAGACAGCAAGCGCAAACCUGAUUACACACGGGCCGAUGCGUCAGUAACAAGUAACAGUGAGGAAACAGCAAGGCAACGCAAGACACCUCAACAUUCCCUUCCCAGAUGUACAAAUGAAGACCUUCAAAUAAAGGCCUGGCGCUCUCUGCAGUUGAUUCAUUGGCCACUAUUUGAGUGAAUACGUUCUGUCUCCAAAUGUGAGCGAUGCACUGGUUUUGCUUUCAACCCAAUGCUUUUCCAUUUGAUGUCCUUGCGUUGAAAAUUGGAGCACUGUGCAUCAAACACACCGCUAGUGUUUUAGUGCAUUGUUGUACACAAAUAAUGCACAGCAAUGCAUUUUAGUGGGCUUUAAAACCAGAAGAAAAGAUAUGGAUUUGCUACACUGUGCUAAAAGGGUGUAAAGCUGUGCCUUAGACUGUGACUGUGCAGGCGUAUUUACUGUAGAUGAUGCGCACCAGGACUGUAUUGUGUGAUUGAAUUCAAUACAGUCUGUUUUUCUUUAUUUUUACUAAAGCUGUAAUUGUACCAAACGUAACCUCCAAAACAAUGUUUUAUAUUAGGUAACGCUUGCCAUGUUAAAAGUCCGAUAUUGCUAGCCUAAAUCACUUGACGAUGCUGGUCAUUAAUACUUAAAAGGUACCAUUAUGCCACAAGGGUACACUUAUGAAGGUAAAGUAGGUUGGUAAUGACAUUAUUUGUAAAUCAGUGUAAAUGACUCACAAGUAGUGUUGCAAAUGGCCAGAAAUGUGGGAUUAUUAGGAAUAUUCUGGAAAUUAACCAACCAUUCAGGUUUAUCAUUGAAGUCAAUUUGUAAAAUAAAUCUGGUAACAAAUGUCAAAGGAUUUAAUGCAGCUCCCCGAAUCAAGGGUUGUAAAGUUGCAAAAAAAUGACAAAACAUGCAUCAGCAUGGUCUUACAGCCGUGCCGCACAUGCAAACGUGAAUAAACGUCAAAAGGAUUUGAUGCAGCUCCCCAAAUCAAGGGUUCUAAAGUUACAAAACCAUAACAAAACACACAUCAGCAUGGUCUUACAGCUGUGCCGCAAGUGCAAACGUGAAUAAACAUCAAAAGGAUUUAAUGCAGUUCCUCAAAUCAAGGGUUCUAAAGUUCAUAAAACAUGACAAAACGCACAUCAGCAUGGUCUUAACCGCUGUGCCGCAAGUGCAAACGUGAAAUGAACGCCUCUCCCCCAAAUAAGGGGUUAAAAAUUCCUUGUAAAACGACAACAUAAUCCACAUCGGCAUGGUCUUACAGCUGUGCAGCAUGUACUGUAUAAAAUAUGAAAAUUUAUAAGAAAAAUGGCCACUCCUAUGCAACCCCACUGGCUCACUAUUUGGCAUAUGCUUUUUCCGCUCUUAAUGUGUACAGUAAUGACCAUGCACUAUUUGGCAAGCAGGACAUCGCUAUUGCUGUGCUUCUCUCCUGAUUAACUCAUGUACAAACUCUGAAUAAGUGUAUUCUAGUGUGGUACCAAGUGCAAAACACCCUAAAAGCCCAGAAAUGUAUUUUUUUUCCCCCUUUUAUCACAUCCGUUUUUAGAACUAUUUCCUUUUUCCUUUCUCUUUGUCAGUAUAACCUGAGAAACUCUUUUGAGAAUGUCAUGACAAACCUUUACCGACUGCAAGCCGUCAAAAGUUGUGCUGUGUUUCACUGAUUUCAAAUCAUCCAUUAGUUGUCUUUUAGCGGUCAAAGAGACCCUUUCCUUAAAAAAAGAAAAAAAAAAAGAAAAAAAAUACUUGCUUGCUUCAUUCAGCCAUUCAUGCAUCCUCCAUUUAGUGUAAAAGUGUUUUUUCUAUAUGCAAAGAGGCGCUUGUACCAUACAAAUGCAUGCCAUUCAGACCUAACCCGAUGAAACCUCUUGACCUUUAUGCACCAUGUAUUAAUGUAAGCUAACGCAGACUGUGAAGUCACGCAGCAGGCUGGCUUGUAAUUGUUUUUUAAACACUCUGGCCUUUUAUUGAAUGUUUUUGUGUGACAGCAAGAAGAGCAGAAAUACAUAAGACUAACUCCCUUGUUGUGCAUUUGAACGUCGAAUGGUUGUCGAAAGAAAUGCACUAAAAAGUUUGAAUGUGUAUGUAUUUGUCCUUGAACCAGCACUUUAGAAUGAUUUAGAGAGGAAAACAACACACAAAAAAGUAUAAUGUAAUGGCAAAAAACAACAACAAAAAAAAACAACGAGGCACCUUUAUUUAAAGCCAUGUGUUCAGAGCGCUGACAAUCAGGAUGCACUUUGGAGAGAGGAGAUGUGACGUGAACUGCUGUGCUCUCGCUUCUUUGCUAAGUCAUCCUCCACUUUGCUUUUUGCUCGACGGAAAAAACCUGCAGGGACGCAAAGACGCCCCUUCUUGGUCGUAAAAAGUGGAACGGAUGACGCAAAAGACUUGAUCUUUUGUUGACUGAUUUCCUUGGUGCUUUGUGAGCAGAGCUGUCCUCCUGACUCGGACCAGAACUCUUAAGAAAAAAAAAAAAGCUCUGCUUUAAAGCUAAGCGUGGACCAGGCCCAGUCCUCGAUGACCUCUAAACAGAGAACGGUCCAUAAAGAACUAGACUUGAAAAUCGUGCAAGCUACAUUUUUGAUCUUCAUUCGCGAGGUUGGACCUCACCUUGGAUGGGACGAUUCUCAGUGUUGCUUUGUUUUAAAAUGAAAACUAUUAAAAUGUUUAUGCGCCUUCUGACUUCAGCAACAAUAAUAUAUAUCUAUACACAUAUAUGUGCGUAGAUGUAUAUAUUUAUAUAUAUAUGCGAUAAAAAUGCAAGUUGCCAUUUUUGAUGUUGAAUUUAAAGAAAAAAGCAUUCAUUCCCAUUAAGGUGUGUUCACCAUCACCACUUUCAGUUGUGUAAUCCAAGAUACCUGAUUUAUUUCAAUGCAAUACGGAAAACUCUGCUUUCUAAUAAAAGCCCUUACUUCACCA